AUGGAGAUGACUUAUCUUGAAGGAAUGAAACAGGUUCAUAUUGACGGGAAAACCAGUUACACUGUUCCAAGGCAUAUGGAAUUCAUCCGUAAGGUGGGUUCAGGUGCCUAUGGAACGGUAGCGAGCUUCAGCGAUGGAAGAGAUCACAAGGUUGCUGUGAAGAAAGUACAAAAUGCCUUUGAUGAUCUAAUUGAUGCGAAACGCAUCCUGAGAGAGAUAAAACUAUUGAGGACUUUUGACCAUGAUAACAUUGUGCGUAUUCUGGAUAUGUAUCCGCCACAGAGCCCUGAUUUCGAAGAUAUCUAUAUUGUGACGGACCUGAUGGAAACGGAUCUACAUCGUGUUAUAUACUCAAAACAAAGCCUUACGGAUGAGCAUUAUCAAUACUUCAUCUAUCAAAUGUUGAGGGGACUGAAGUACCUUCAUUCUGCCAACGUCAUUCAUAGAGACCUCAAGCCAAGCAAUAUUCUAGUCAAUAAGAACUGCGAUCUGAAGAUUUGUGAUUUUGGUCUGGCCCGAGGUUUCUCCCAUGGUUGUGACGAGGGUAGCCUGGAUUCGAACCUCACUGACUAUGUUGUAACAAGGUGGUAUCGGGCUCCAGAGGUCGUCCUGCUAGCUUCUGAGUAUACAAAAGCGAUCGAUGUGUGGGCAGUCGGGUGCAUCUUAUGUGAGCUGAUAGGGAGAAGAGCUCUCUUUACGGGUAAGGACCAUCUUGACCAGAUCAAGAAAAUAAUAGAAGUCUCUGGUACGCCCACUGAAGAGGAGCUGCACUGGUUACCCCCUGAUGGCCCGGCUAGACGGUUCAUAAGGAAAUGCCCUCAAUCUUGCGGUAAAGCUAUGGGCGAACUCUAUCCCCAUGCGAACCCUCUAGCUCUGGAUUUGGUGAAUUUGAUGUUACGAUUCGACCCGACUAGACGUAUAUCUGUGGACCAAUCUUUGAAGCAUCCUUAUCUUGAAGGAUAUCAUAGCCCUGAUGACGAACCAGAGGCUGAGAGGCCAGUGGAUUGGUCAUUUGACAACUUCAAACCCACCAAGAGACUCUUGCAGAAUUAUGUCUACUGCGAAUGUGCUCGUUUCCAUCCCGGCCUGAUCCAGAGAGACGCUGGUUUAUUCGCACGAAGGGGACUAGAUGUAGCAUUACGCGAAUAUGGCCUAUUGUGA